GGGGAGGGGAAUGGAUCUUUUCUGUGUGACUCGCCGGAGCUCCCUCAGCCUGCUCCUUACCACCUGUCCUUGACUUACUGAGCUCGUACGAGGCUGAGUGGAAGCCGUGCUCGCUCCCUCCUCUCCUCUGGCUCCGCUCUGUCUGUGUUUGUGUGAGCAGCUGACAUUUUUUGUUUUCUUUUCAAUCUCUCAUUCUGUGUGGGGCUGUUUCUUUCUACCUGUGGUGCUUCAGUGGAGUGGCAAGGAGGGGAACAUUCGUCCUCGGCCGGCGGAGCUCUGAUGGGAGGCAGUGCUGGCUCUGGCUGGGACUGGGGAUGCUGAACGGGGGGAGGGAGGGCCUGUUUGAGCUGGGACAGCAGCUCCAGCAGCAGGGGGAGUAUCAGGCCGCCCUCCACUGCUUCCUCAGCUGCCUGUUGGGACUGACCCAUGUGCAGAGCUUCACCUCUCUGCCCAACUGCCUCCACCAGAUCGCAGAACUCUUCAUCACUGAAAAGAAUUAUGGGAAGGCCCUGCAGUUCAUUCAGGCUGAGAAAAUGUUCUAUGAGGUGGCAUUGAUCGAGCUCACUGCUCUUCAGGGGAGCACAGGGCCUCAGGAGGAGGCUACUUUGGGCUCCGCAGGAUGGACGACCCCAGAGGAGCUUUCGGAGCAGGCCUCCCAGGCACAGCACCUCGAACGGCUGGCCCAGCUGUGCAUCAUGAGCAAACAACCUCAUCUUGCUCUGGAAUACAGCGGUAAGGCUACAAAGAUCCACCAGAGGGCCUUCGGUAACGACCACCCCAUCACGGCCAGAAGCCUGGAGCUCAUGGCCAACGUCUAUGCUGAGAUUGGCAAGACUGAAUACUCAGACUCCCUGGGUCAGUGUGUGUCUGCGCUGUCCAAACGCUUCGCUGCUGCAGAGUCCAUCAGAGACUCGACUGUCAACUGUCUUCCUCAUUCCCACCGGGAGAAACACUCAGAGGUCCGCCACAGAAAGGACACCCACCACCAACAGGAGGACACGCCGAAGCCUAAGAUAACCAAUGUCAAAGUACCCACCUCCAUUCUAAAGAGGCCGAAUCACAUCUACGGGUCGGACCCAGAACCCAACCAUAGGCGGAAAGGCGAACGGAGGGUUCGAUUCAGGGAGCCAGAGACCACGGUACAUGACAUUCCUUACAGUGACUGUGUAGGUGCCUACGAGACGACGCAGUCCCGCCCCCACCUCGCCCUCUUCACUUGCCUCUUCCUGCUGAUGUCAUUCCUGGGCGUGGCCAUGUACUGCACGGACCGCCGGCGCCCGCAGCGAGUGUGCGAGGAGCUGGAGGCCGCUCUGGCUGUAUACCUGCUGCACAUGAAACAGCUUCUGUGGGGCUGCUGGAUAUGGCUGACCAUGCAGUGACUCAAAGCGACCACAGGGGGAGAAAUGGAGCCUCCUUAAUGGUUUUUUUUUUUUUGUUUGUCUUUUUUUAUCAGACCCCUCUUUUUUCUUAACUUGGAAGGAGCCCAGGCCGACCAACACCUCAGCCAUUUGGCAAAAGGCUCUGCGAAGCACUCUCGCAGUGAAAAGGGAAACGUGUAAUCCCAGAAAUAUGUAGCUUCCAUUUCUGUAUGUAUAUAUGUACUAAGGAGGUGGGCAUGCCUCCUCGUUUUAAGUUGAAAUGAUUUUUGCACAUCUGCAAUGUUUAAGCUCACGUAUAUAACGCUCACCUAAUCACCACAAACGUCAGGUUUUUUGUUUUUUUUUUCUUUUUCAUAUCAUGGUCUAUCGUAUGCGAGUGAACGUUUCCAUGGAAUGCACAUAUUUAUUUUGUUACCUGAUUUUUUUGUGUGUAUAUCAGAUAUUACACAGAACUGAAUGUGUAUAUAUGGCUCAAUAUAUAAGGACUACUCACAAUACUCAGCCUUGUAAUUGCACAUAUAUGAAUGUAGAGAUGUUUGGAAACGGCUGUGAUCCGAGGGGAGGAAGAGGAGGAGGAGGAGGAGGGUGGAAGCACAAAUGUGUUGGAUAACGAGACAGAAAAACAACAGGGCUGCAUCACUUCACAGGACCAGGUUGAAUGACUAACAGAUGAAGAGAAAAAGAAAGAAAAAAAAAAAAACACCACUUUCCUUACCGACUGUCUUCAGCUGAUUCCUGCAGCACAGUGUUAUGAAUUCUCUCUCCUUAUCUAUUGUCGAAGAGAAUAUACUCAAGCCGAACGAAUGCUAAUUGCUUUUGACGGUGUUUCCCCUUUAUAGCCGCUUGAAUCCCACAGAAAACAUCCCCUUGUCCUUAAAUGUUAUUUAUUCUUGUAUACUGUAUAUCUGCAUCAAAUAUCCAAUUCGGUUCUUUUAAAAUUUUUUAAACUUUU